GGGGUUCAGAGAUGCGCGAGCGCAGAUUCGCUUGGUCCAGGGCUUCUGCCGCUGGGAUCCCGUUGCGCAUGCUCACUGCCCUCUGCCGGUACGUGCACUUGCUUGGAGAGUCUGCUGUUCCAUCUGACGUCUCACCUGAACAUCUUGCUCCCAGCUCCCAGCCAUGACAGCGCACUCCUUUGCCCUCCCUGUCAUCAUCUUCACCACGUUCUGGGGCCUCAUCGGCAUCGCUGGGCCCUGGUUCGUGCCCAAAGGACCCAACCGCGGGGUGAUCAUCACCAUGCUGGUGGCCACUGCCGUCUGCUGUUACCUCUUCUGGCUCAUCGCCAUCUUGGCCCAGCUGAACCCCCUGUUUGGGCCACAACUGAAGAACGAGACCAUCUGGUACGUGCGCUUCCUGUGGGAGUGACCAGCUGCCCUCUGACCGCAGAUGCGCUGCUGCGGAUGGCCCAGCCUUGAUGUCCCUGGAGACCCUGCAUUCCCACUGGCCUCAUCCCUCGGCCUGACCCUUCUGUGCUCUCCCUGACAGCGCUGUGGGAUCCACACACCGGAGCCAGUCUGGUUUCAGCUUCCCCUGUGUUCCCAGCAUUUUGGAAAAGCUCUG